GCUGCGCUCUCCUCUUCCGCGUGCAUCCCGGUCUCGGAGUCGUCCUCGCCUCGUUGGUUAGUGCUGCCUUUUAAAGCAAACGGGCGCGCACUUCCAACGGUCAUUCAGUCUGAAUACUAGACACAGGGAAGGAGUACUGCUGUGUCGUCCAACCAUCCCCCUCUUUCUUUCCCUGUUAUUAAUAGAUACCAAACUAGCUACCCCCUUUAUCUGUUGUUAUUUUUUAUUUGUAUUUUAACGUUAAACGGUUAGUCAACUAGCUCAAUCAUGUACCGGUACUUCGGGGAGUUGUUAUCCCGCGGGGCGGGCAGUGCGCUGGCCUCGGGGUGCGUGGACUCUGCUCUCCCAGCAUCGGCCUCUUUAAUGCGGGUCCGACAGUAUAGCGAGCAGCCCGACGACCCCAACUUCUUUCGCAUGGUGGAGGGUUUCUUCGACCGCGGAGCCGCCAUCGUUGAGGACAAGCUUGUGGAGGACCUAAAGAGCAGAGAGACCCCCGAACAGAAGACGAAACGAGUGAAAGGGAUUCUCCGCAUCAUCAAGCCCUGCAACCACGUCCUCAGCGUCUCUUUCCCCAUCAAGAGGGACAACGGAGAGUGGGAGGUAGUGGAGGGCUACCGCGCACAGCACAGCCAGCAUAGGACGCCCUGCAAGGGGGGUAUCCGCUACAGUGAAGAGGUGUCUGUUGAUGAGGUGAAGGCUCUGGCCUCUCUGAUGACAUACAAGUGUGCCGUGGUCGAUGUACCCUUCGGAGGGGCUAAAGCUGGUGUCAAGAUCAACGUCAAAAAUUACUCUGACAAUGAGCUGGAGAAGAUCACUAGGAGGUUUACCAUUGAGCUGGCCAAGAAAGGCUUCAUCGGGCCAGGUAUUGAUGUGCCUGCUCCUGACAUGAGCACCGGAGAGAGAGAGAUGUCCUGGAUCGCUGACACAUACGCCAACACCAUUGCACACACUGACAUCAACGCCCACGCAUGUGUGACAGGGAAACCCAUCAGCCAGGGCGGUAUCCACGGUCGUAUCUCAGCCACCGGUCGCGGAGUGUUUCACGGCAUUGAGAACUUCAUCAACGAGGCUUCCUACAUGAGCAUGCUGGGCCUGACCCCCGGCUUCCAGGACAAGACAUUCAUAAUCCAGGGCUUUGGUAAUGUGGGUCUCCACUCCAUGCGGUACCUCCACAGGUAUGGUGCUAAGUGUGUGGGCAUCGCUGAGUAUGACGGCAGCAUCUACAACCCAGAGGGCAUUGACCCCAAGCAGCUGGAGGACUACAAACUGCAACAUGGUACGAUCGUAGGUUUCCCCGGGGCUCAGCCAUACGAGGGCAGCCUACUGGAAGCGCAGUGUCACAUCCUGAUCCCUGCCGCCAGCGAGAAGCAGCUCACACGCAACAACGCCCACAGAAUCAAGGCCAAGAUCAUUGCUGAGGGAGCCAACGGCCCAACCACACCCGACGCUGACAAGAUCUUCCUAGAGAACAAAGUCAUGGUCAUCCCUGACAUGUACCUGAACGCCGGUGGUGUGACAGUGUCCUACUUUGAGUGGCUCAAGAACCUGAACCAUGUCAGCUAUGGACGUCUCACCUUCAAAUACGAGAGAGACUCCAACUACCAUCUCCUCAUGUCCGUUCAGGAGAGUUUGGAGAGGAAGUUUGGAAAGCAGGGAGGACCAAUCCCCAUUGUCCCCACUGCUGACUUCCAGGCCAGAGUCGCUGGUGCUUCUGAGAAGGACAUUGUUCACUCUGGCCUGGCCUACACCAUGGAGAGAUCUGCCAGGCAAAUCAUGCGUACAGCCAGUAAGUACAACCUGGGUCUGGACCUGCGGACGGCUGCGUACGUCAACGCCAUCGAGAAGGUGUUCAAGGUCUACAACGAGGCCGGCAUCACCGUCACAUAAUCACCCUAUCAAAGUCAGACCCCACCCAUACUGCCCUGCUAUUGGUUCCACCGCUUCCCCAUCGCCCAAUCAGCCUUUAGAACAUUUGAACAUUUACAUUAGAGAUCCCCGCCUCCCCUUCGUACGCACGCACACAGACACACAUGCAUACACACACACUGAAACAUACUGUGUUCUGUGUCCCAUGACCUCGCCGUAUCUCAUUAUCAUGACGGUAACUCAGUAUUUCUGUAUCGUUUUGUUUCAGUAUUGUCGUUCAGUUAUUUGUGUAUUGUGAAAGGAGCAGGUUGUAGCAGGAAGCAAGCUAUGCUGAGAGAGAUUCAAGCCACCCCCCCCCCGUUACUAUCUGAGUUCAAUGUCUGUCUUUUUGUCUUGUUUGACCCUGGUGUUGCCAUGGUUUCACACCAUAGCACUGGAGAUGCCUUAGCUCUGACGGAGCUCUGACCUGAAGAGACGCACAUACACCCCUAUACUGUACUUUAGAAAAGGAAAUUGAUUUAAUGUUAACUUUAGACGUAUACUUUUCUUUUUUUAAGGGAAAUAGUUUAAAACUUUAUAACAGGGAAAGAUGACAUCAUAUGUGUUCCUCAGUUUUCCUCCCAGAGGUUAGAGGUCAGGGCCCGUAUCCACAAAGCAUCUCAGAAAAGGUCCUAGGAAUCCUGUUAUAACCUGUUUUAAGACACAAAAAAAAUCAGAAUAAGUUUAAGACACUGCUCAGAUGGGCCUCCCGAGUGGCGCCGAGGCCUCAAGCUGUGCCUUAGACAUCACUACAGAGCUGGGUUCGAUCCCAGGCUGUGUCACAACCGGCCAUGACCGGGAGUCCCAUAGGGCGGCGCACAAUUGGACCAGCGUCAUCCCGGGUUAGGGGAGGGCUUGGCCGGGGGGGCUUUGAUUGGCACAUCGCGCUCUAGCGACUCCUUGUGGGCUCCUUGCGGGCUGGGUGCUUGCAGGCUGUCAUCAGUUGAACAGUGUUUCUGCCGACACAGUGGUGCAGCUGGCUUCUGGGUUAAGCGGGUGGGUGUUAAGAGUGCGGUUUGGCGGGUUUAUGUUUCGGCCUUCAUGUUUCGGACUCGACCUUCACCUCUCCUGAGUCCAUUGGGGAGUUUCAGCGAGGAGAUGAGAUCGAAAUUGUUUCUGCAAAGGAAAGAUAUAGUGAUGACGCUCAUUGCCAUUGUUGUAAAUGAUGGGGGAAUAACCAAUCACGAUGAGGCAUUGGCAGCUGUGAACUCUAUAGAGCACACACAUACAUCAAAUGUUGUAAUGGUAAAACGUUUGAUAUCAUUUUCAUCCUGACACGAUCACUUUGCUUAUUUUAAUGAUUGCCCAAUAUGUUGGCAUGCAUAAAAUAAAUACUGUAAAUCACAUUUUUAUGGUUGUCAAAAGCUUUAUUUUGACAAUAUUACCGUUAUAGCAACACAGACAUUGUCACUCCUGUUUAACAACUCUAAAUCGCUUUGGCACAGUAGGCAUCAAGUCACUUGCCCAUAAUGUUUGAAAGGUCUGUAAUUUUCAUUGAACACAAUCAAAGGUUACAUAAGCACUAGAUGCCUACAGUUGCACAAUUUAUAGGGUUGCCCAAUUUAGACAUAUUUUUUUAACUAUGUGAGGUUGCGUUCCAAAUGGAUAACUUGAAAUAACUUGAUGUAGGUCAUUAAAUAAUCAAAAGGAAAAUGUGUUUAUUCAUUAGCGUAGUGGUUAUAAAUAUUUAGGCAUAUCAUGUGAAAUCAUUGUCAAAAGGGCAAGAGAUACUGUUGAUUGUAGGUCUAGAUUUUUAUGGGAUUGAUGAAAUAUCAAAAUGUUCUUUUAAAAACUCAAAAGCAAAUGACACAGGAACCACUGACUGGCUGCAUUUGUCUGUUAUCAAGACACCUGCUGGUAACUCUUAACUGGUUAGGACAGCUCAUGAGGUGUCCUAAUUAUCUGUCAACUAGGUGUGACUCUUAUGACGAAAGAGGCUUCAUGCAUAGCGUUUAUUUUCACUCAUAAUAGUAGGAGUGAAAUAUCUCUAUUCUCGCCACUUAUGACCAAUUUUCAACUCUGAGACGCUUUGUUGAUACGGGCCCCGGGCUCAGGGUUAGAGGUCAGGGGUUAUGGUUAGCGUUCUGUGCUGAGGAACACUGGGUUCUACUGUGUUUGGUUGUUAGUAAAGUUCUACACCCUUCUCCACUACAUCAGUCCCCCCACGAGCCCCCCAACCUUCCCUGCCUACUGCUCCUGUCUUGUCCAAUCUGACCCUCCUCCAAACCCCCCACCCCACCCUGAGCGAGAGAGUAGAGAUACUCAAUGGAACAAACAUUCUCCUUUUACUUCUCCAAUAACCCGUUCAUGCCCGCAAAUGGAAAUUGCUUUGGGAAAUGUGUAUUUCCUUUUUUGUUGUUGAAAACCAAUAAAAUGAUGACAAAAACACAA